AUGCCACGAAAAAGGAAGUCCACAGUGGAUGCAGGCCAGCUUAGAAGAAGCGGCAGGUCAAAGCGAAUAGCAGUCGAUCAGGGCUGUUCCAGUAUCGGCACCCAAAGCAGUUCCAAUAUGGAUCAUUUCGCCCGUAUGCAUAGAGAUGUUUUGAAUCUCAUCUUACAUUAUCUCUCACCUGCGGAUCUCACUUGUUGCGGGUGUGUGAGCAAAGGUUGGAGAGACACCAUACACUGGUGGGUAGCAGCAUUUGGAUUCCGUGUCCAUUUUCCGCAUAUUAUCUGGGAUCUCCAACGAGGGCCAAACACCGCAAUCUGGGAGGCAUUCAAAGUCCAAGGUGGGUAUUUAUUUAGUCUAUUAUACAUUCUGAUGCAAUCCAUACACAACUUAAGUCAAACGACACUAAUUCUUUGCGCCUUUCCUCACACACAGCCCGUCAACAACAUUGCAUUCACUGGUCGGAGUAACGCACACGAACUGACUGUAUCUUGGCAUCAACUUGCUGUUCCGGGUGGUGCAGUCGUGCAUACUAAAGAAGUUCCCCUCAAGAAGGUCUGGAAGGUUCAUGUGGUCCUGAUGUACCUUGAGAUGAACCAGGAGGGCAUGUUACUCCUGCGGCUCAGGGAGACGGGGAAAGACCGUGCCAGAAGUGCUGUCUAUGCGCCAAUGGAUGGCAAAACUGUCUGGCGGCAAGACCACAGGCACAAUGACCCAAGGUAUGGGGUUCCAGGCGAGCUCACUCCGCUCUUAAUAGGGAGGUCUGUCCUGCAUUGCGCGAGACGGGGUUCUAACCGUGACACUUUUGAUCUUGUUGGCAUCGACUUCCGAGCCAGCAACCCCACUGUUAUUUAUGAGUCAUCCGUCGUCGGGCAACGAAACUGGGCCCAUAACAAAUCCUGCAGAAGGCUUGUACUCAUUGGUGAACAGCAUGAGCUAGUGGUGCUAAGUGGUAAUGAGAAGUGGGUGGGAACGGGGACGAUAUCGAUUCUUAAUGGCGAAAAUGGCCAGGUUCUCUUCCAGUUCGACGGCGGGCCGGCCCAUUUCCAUGGCCAUAAAAUAGUGGCGUAUCCGACUAUCAACCAGUUUUCGAUACAAACAGUGCCAGCACGCAUCCGGCUGAACGAUGCUGUACAGCCCUGGGAAGCCCAUCCAAAAGUAGUGCGGGACUUUAUUAUCAUGCAGACAUUUUCAUUCGCUUUUUCUGGGUCUGGCAGCGGCACCAUCAGCAUACACAGGUUGGGCACUGAUGUGGUUCUCAGCCCAUGCAGUAUUCACAAGAUUGCCAUUCAGCCCUUUGCAAAAGUAGCAGUUGCGCUACAAUCCGAUGAUAACACCAUUCUGAGCGACCGGAUUCUGAGCUACCCACUUGUCGAAACAAACGAAACCCAUCUGAUCCAGAUGGCGGAGGCAGUGCUGAAAGCAUCAUGUCUUCCACAUUCAGAACCCCCGAGCCUGCGUCACUGUUUUAUUCUCCAGGAACCGGGGACCAAAAUUAGUCUUGGGUCAUCAUUAAGCCAACCGGGACCGCUAACCCCUGCACGGGAUAUUCGUAUGCGUUCCCUCGAGGGUUUUGUUGAUGGUGGACACCUUUUAUUGGAAGCUUCUGAGGCCCAAGUUCUGCUGCAGUUCUAG